UGUAGCUGUUUUUGGUUCACACUGACCCUAUUACAACAACUUUAUGCAGAUACUAGGUAAGUUUGAUAGUCUAAGAAUUUCGGGUAGGUUCUAUAACAGAGCCUGCUUCCGGCUUCAUGUGAUCAACACCUGCUGGGUGAUGUGAACUAAUGGUAUCAGGAGCUUUCGCCUUUGCCUGGGAGUUUAUAGUGGCCUCAGCUGCGGCGAUAAAGUUGGCGUGGUAGUUUCAAGCUUCGAUUGAAGCAGUCAUUUCAAGAUUUGGACUGGUGGUGAAUGAGCGUGAACGUGGAACUUGAACACUUUGCUUUUCCAUGAAAUCAUACGGAUUGUCCCUUGCAACUGCUGCUGUCUUGGGUGAUGAGAAAAAGAAAAUGGCGGCGGAAACGGCGAGUAGCGAGGGCGACGAGGGGUCCUUUAAUCUCACAGUCGAAGAGAAGGAGGCGCUUUGUGGGCUGGAUAGCAGCUUUUUCGGGUUCUUAAGCCGACGCGAAGAUGGCGCUAGAACGAAGACGCUAUUGAACAAGGCUAUUCACUGCUACGAAUCUUUAAUAGUAAAAGCUGAAGGAAAAGUGGACUCUGAUUUCUUUUGUCAAUUAGGUCACUUCAAUCUCUUGUUGGAAGAUUAUUCAAAAGCAUUGUCAUCUUACCAGAGAUACUACAGUUUACAGACUGACUACUGGAAGAAUGCUGCCUUUUUAUAUGGUCUUGGUUUGGUUUACUUCUACUACAAUGCAUUUCAUUGGGCAACUAGAGCAUUUCAAGAUGUCCUUUAUGUUGACCCCAGUUUUUGCAGAGCCAAGGAAAUUCAUUUACGACUUGGUUUUAUGUUCAAAGUGAAUACAGAUUAUGAGUCUAGUUUAAAGCAUUUUCAGCUAGCUUUGAUAGACGGUAAUGCCUCUACUUUGUCCAGUGUGGAAAUUCAGUUUCACAUUGCUCAGUUAUAUGAAACCCAGCAGAAAUACCAUUUUGCAAAAGAAGCCUAUGAACAGCUUUUACAAAUUGAAAGCCUUCCAUCUCAAGUAAAAGCAACUAUAUUGCAACAGUUAGGUUGGAUGCACCAUAAUAUGGAUCUAGUAGGAGACAAGGUCACCAAGGAAAGGUAUGCUAUUCAGUAUCUCCAAAAGUCAUUGGAGGAAGAUCCUAAUUCUGGCCAAUCUUGGUAUUUCCUUGGAAGGUGCUAUUCAAGUAUUGGGAAAGUUCAGGAUGCCUUUGUAUCUUAUAGGCAAUCCAUUGAUAAAUCAGAAGCAAGUGCAGACACGUGGUGUUCAAUAGGUGUGCUCUAUCAACAGCAAAAUCAGCCUAUGGAUGCCUUACAGGCUUAUAUAUGUGCUGUACAGUUGGAUCAUGGACAUGCAGCAGCCUGGAUGGACUUAGGCAUUCUUUAUGAGUCCUGCAACCAACCUCAGGAUGCAAUUAAAUGCUACUUAAAUGCAACUAGGAGCAAAAGCUGUAGUCAUACAUCUGCACUUACAUCAAGAAUUAUGUUUUUACAGGCUCAGUUGUGUAAUCUUCCACAAGGUAAUCUACAGAAUAAAACUAAAUUACUUCCUAGUAUUGAGGAGGCAUGGAGCCUACCAAUCCCUGCAGAGCUUACCUCCAGGCAGGGUGCCAUGAACACAGCACACCAGGGUUUUGAUAAAGAUGAAAGUUUACAUUUGGCACUACAGAAUGAUGACCAGCCUCUAUUUCCCACUGGUUCCACACGAUAUCUCCAAGCAGAUAGCACUGGUAUUCAAAAUCAGAAUGAAAAUCAUGUUCUGCCUCAAAAUACAGAUACAAAGGGGGAUCCUCAAAACCAUUUCACUUUUCAUAUUGCUACCUCAGAAGAACAAAAGGGCACUAAUUGUACCAAAGAAAACAAGCAUUCAGGAAGUAGAUCACUGAGUUCUAAGUCAAGUAGACAAGGCACAUCUGAUACCUGUAUUAAUGUAAAGGAAGGUUCUAAUCAUGUUCAUCAGAUUCCAUCAGUUGCUAUCUCCAGUCCUAAAAAUGAAGAUUCUGUGCCAGCAAAUUUAAUAAUUGUAGACAGUCCUCAGCCUUCUGCCAUGGUUGGAGAAGUUAUUGACAGUAUAGGUACUGGGACUUGUGACAAAAUCAAUAAUGUUCAUCCAGCUGUUCUCAAAAAGCCUGAUAAUCUUGUUGCUUCUCCACCCUCUUCAGAAACACUUUUCCCAAAGUUCAGUGACAAGAUGCACAAACAUACUACCAGUUUUAUCAGUCCUCACAGUGGAUUACAUAAAAUUAAUGGAGAAGGCCAAGAAAACUCAGAGAGUUCUAUCAGUGUUAACCCUGGCCUCAGACCUAGACCUCAAAUCAUACCAUCAAUGUCUGUGUCCAUAUACUCAACUUCAACAGAAGUUCUGAAAGCAUGCAGGAAUCUCGGUAAAAAUGGUUUGUCUAAUAGUCAUAUUCUGCUGGAUUUAUGCCCACCUCCAAGACCACCAUCUUCACCAUACCCUCCAUUACCAAAGGAGAAGUUGAACCCACCCACUCCCAGUAUUUAUUUGGAAAAUAAGCGUGAUGCCUUUUUCCCUCCAUUACAUCAAUUUUGCAUCAACCCAAAAAACCCUGUCACAGUAAUUCGAGGCCUUGCUGGAGCUCUUAAGUUAGAUCUUGGACUUUUCUCUACCAAAACUUUGGUAGAAGCUAAUAAUGAGCAUAUGGUAGAAGUGAGGACACAAUUGUUGCAGCCAGCAGAUGAAAACUGGGAUCCCUCUGGAACAAAGAAAAUCUGGCGGUAUGAAAAUAAAAGUUCUCAUACAACAAUUGCUAAAUAUGCCCAGUACCAGGCCUGCUCCUUCCAGGAAUCAUUAAGAGAAGAAAAUGAAAGAAGAAUGCAAGCUAAAGAUUAUUCAGAUAUUGAAUCAACAUCUUCAGAGAAUUCUGGGAGGAAACGGAAAGGACCUUUUAAAACCAUAAAAUGUGGGAUUAACAUUGAUCUGUCUGAUAACAAAAAGUGGAAGUUGCAGUUACAUGAGCUGACUAAACUUCCUGCUUUUGUACGUGUUGUAUCAGCAGGAAAUCUUCUAAGCCAUGUUGGCUAUACCAUUUUGGGUAUGAACACAGUUCAACUAUGUAUGAAAGUUCCAGGGAGUAGAAUACCAGGUCACCAAGAAAAUAACAACUUCUGUUCUGUUAACAUAAAUAUUGGUCCAGGUGAUUGUGAGUGGUUUGUUGUACCUGAAGAUUAUUGGGGUGUUCUGAAUGAAUUCUGUGAAAAAAAUAAUUUGAAUUUCCUGAUGAGCUCAUGGUGGCCAAACCUUGAAGAUCUUUAUGAAGCAAAUGUUCCUGUGUAUAGGUUUAUUCAGCGACCUGGAGAUUUAGUUUGGAUCAAUGCAGGCACUGUCCAUUGGGUUCAGGCUAUUGGGUGGUGUAAUAACAUUGCCUGGAAUGUUGGUCCACUCACAGCUUUUCAGUAUAAAUUAGCAGUUGAACGGUAUGAAUGGAACAAGUUGCAAAGUGUCAAGUCAGUGGUACCUAUGGUUCACCUUUCAUGGAAUAUGGCACGAAAUAUCAAAGUAUCAGAUCCAAAACUUUUUGAAAUGAUUAAAUAUUGUCUCUUAAAAAUUCUAAAGCAAUGUCAGACUUUGAGAGAAGCUCUUGUUGCAGCAGGGAAAGAGGUUCUAUGGCAUGGGCGGAUAAAUGAUGAACCAGCCCCUUAUUGUAGUAUCUGUGAGGUGGAAGUAUUUAACUUGCUUUUUGUUACUAAUGAAAGCAAUUCUCAAAAGACAUAUAUAGUACAUUGUCAGAACUGUGCACGAAAAGCGAGUGGAAAUUUGGAAAAUUUUGUGGUGCUAGAACAGUACAAAAUGGAGGACUUGAUGCAAGUCUAUGACCAGUUUACAUUAGCUCCUUCGUUAUCUUCUGCAUCUUAAUAUUGUUCCAGAAUUAUUGAGUACAUUGUUCUUCAGGAAAUAUGUCUCUUAUUUUGUUGCUAUUUCAGAAGACUGCUCUCUCAAAGCUGUGUCUAUGCAAUCUUUCAAGAAUAGAGAUAAGGAGACUAAACAAAGAGUACAGCUUCUACUCCAAGAUUUAUAAUGUUGACCCAGAUGUAUUUAAUUUUUGUUAAAAAUUAGUAUAUUCAUAUUAUUUGUAUAUAUCUAACAAACACAUUUUGACUGUAUUUCUGGGCUGCUGGAUUCAUUUAUGCUCUUAUGUUACCUUUUUAAUUUCUCCAGAAUUACAUAGAAUCCUACUUGGCUGUUUCUUCACAAGAGAGUUAGCAAUUUAAAAAAUUUUAUCAACAUUUUCUAAAUUUGAAACAAUAUGACAAAGUUUUAUAUUGCUCCCUGUCUCUUAUUUUGAAGUCAUGAUUUCAUGUGAUUAGGAAAUAAAUAACAGCAAAGACAAACAUGUAAUGGGUUGCAUAUAAACAAUAAAUUUCUGAUAGGAUUUUGUUUUGUUUUUAAUUUUGAUUCACAUGUAAAUUUAUAUAUAUUUAUUGCUUGAAAAUAUUUGUGAAUGGAAUGUUAUUUUUCCUAGACUUACUUGCCAUUAAAUAUUGAGGAGUUGUGUAAUUUUAAAUACAUUACAUUUUAUAUGUGUAAAUAAAGCUAUUUAGCAUUGGACAUUAACUUUUAUUACAAUUGUUUACUGUUUAAGGAUUUUUUUCAAUGUUUGAGUUUUAAAGACUAGAUUCACUCUAUGUUCUUUUUCAAAUGUAAUGGAUAUAUGUAUUUUAUGUGUUUGUAAACAUGUAGAAAUCUCAAUAUAUCACUGUAUAUGGAAAUCAAAAAUUUUAAUUUUUAUAUCUGAUAGUUUAUUAAAAUAUUUGAUUAUUAAAUAUGAAUGCUUAUUUUUAAAGACCAUAAGUGUCUUUCAGUCUGACUAGGUUGCAGCAUAUGCAGUGACAACUGGUUAAUAAUUGCUGUUGUAAAUAGUUUUUAAGGACACAAAAAAAUUUCAAAGUUAAUAUUUUAUAAGAUGUAGAUUUUACAAAUACUUAUUUAGAAUUUGCUUUAAUGAAAAAGUUAAUGAGAAUGAUGACCUCUGUUUUAGAAUAUGAGUAUACUAAAGGACUUUUUUUCUUUUAAAUAGAACUCUUUGAAAUUCUGUGUGUUCUUACUCAUACAACCUCAUGUGUGUAGGGAGAUAAAGGUACUAAAUUUUAUUAUUAGUAUAUCUUGGCAAGGUCUAUAGAGACUUUAUUUCAUAUGAAAACAUUGCUUUUUUUAUUUAAACAAGUUUGUUUUACUGUAUAAUAAUGACAUCCCUAUUUUCUCCCAUUGCUUUGAGGUAUUUGCCUUACAGUUUCAUUUUUGUUGUUUCUGAAAUAAUUUAAAUGCAAAACAAAAUUUAUAGUGUCUGAUGGUUAACUGGUUUGAUGAUUAUAUUAUGAUUUUCCUUUAUACAAUUUGAAAUACUAUAUCAUCUUAGAACAUAUAUAUAUAUGUGUGUGUGUGUGUGUGUGUGUAAUAUUUGUAAGUCUUUAUAGUAAUGGUUAGCCAAAAUGAAGGCAAUUGUUAUAAUUUUUUUGUUGUUGUUGUUAAAAAGAAAGUACUAAAAGUAGAAUGAGAUGGCUCAGUGGAUAAAGUACUUUUUAAUAAACCUACCUACUUAAGAUUGGAUCCAGUAUUCCAGAUGGAUUCCGUAUUCCAGUGAGUUGCAGUGGCAUAUGUAUAUACACACACAAGUGAACAGUUAGAAGUACUAAAUGAUGCUAGGUGUUUUAAAUACCUAGUAGUUAAAACUAGUAUUGAAAUUCUUUCAGUUUCUCAAAUCUAGUUCCAUGAUUUUAUGAAGAAAAUUCUCAUUUUCAAACAAAUUGCAAAUCAGCCAACAAGAAAUAAAGAUUCUAGAAUUCUAAACAAAAAUUUUGCUUACUAGUUCUGAUUUACAUUACUGAAUCUUAUUUUGUAUUAAAUUCUUCAAAGCUAAUUGAUUUCUAAAAUAUCAUAAAUUUAACUAAGCAGAUUAAUCUGCACUUCAAAAAUGAGUUUUUUAUUGACUCUUACUAUAUGAAGUAUAACAAAUAGUGAUAAAAAGUAGGGGUGGACACCAAGGAAAUUCAGAAAAUUAUAAAGAUAUAUUUCAAAAUUUUGUACUGUUUCAAGCUGAAAAACUUUGAAUUUGAAAUUAAAAUUUAAAAAUACCUUCAUAGGAGUGUAGAGUCUUAAUAACCAUAGAUGUAGCAAUGCACACUUUUAGUACCAGCCCAGGUGAGUUUAUGAUAAUAAUUUCUAUGUCUUGCUUGCCAACUAAUCUAAGAAUUUGGCAAAAAGGUGAUGGUUUCUGAAGAACAACAUUCAAAGUUGAUCUCUUACCUCUACAGCAGGAGUGUACAAGUACACUCCAUUAUUAAAAACUCAGAAGGCAUAUAUUUAGGCACACAAGCACAAAAGAUGUCCUGAGUAAAUGAAAGUAUGUAUCAUCAGAUCUAAACAAUAACAAAAGACUCACUUUUAAAGAAUACUAUUGUGUUUAAUUUGGAUUCAUCGUAAAGCUCAGUAUUGAAGUUUAAAUUGUGUAUAUACGUAAUCCAGAAAAUAUGAGGGCAUGGUUUAAAACAUUGUUUAGUGUCUCACAGAAUGGGAUGCUUGGUUAAACUAAGACUUAACAUCAAUUAUGAGAGAAGGAUCUGAUGUUUCAAAUAGUACCCUCAGUAUUAUGCUUUUAGGUUUUUCCU